CCUGCGUGAGUGAGCAGCACUGAGGUAAUGCAGCCCAGCCCUGGCUCCACUCACUCAUAUAAGGCAGCCACCAACACAGGUGCACUCAGGAGUGAGCGGAUCCUCUGGAGCUUACACAGACAGCGACAGGUGCCCGCAGGUGCUGCCAGCUAAGGAGUCCAGCUCCCUUUCUGCCGUUGCCUUGAAAGUACCUAGGGCGUGGCAACAUGUCGAUGGGGCUGGAGAUCGGUGGAGUGGCCCUGUCGGUGGUGGGCUGGGUGGGCGCCAUCGUGUGCUGUGCACUCCCCAUGUGGAGGGUGACGGCCUUCAUCGGGAACAACAUUGUGACAGCCCAGACCAUCUGGGAGGGGCUGUGGAUGAACUGCGUGGUGCAGAGCACGGGCCAGAUGCAGUGCAAGGUCUAUGACUCCAUGCUGGCGCUGCCCCAGGACCUGCAGGCGGCGCGUGCCCUGGUGGUGAUCGCCAUCGUGCUGGCCAUCCUGGGCCUCAUGGUUGCCCUCAUCGGAGCGCAGUGCACCAGGUGCGUGGAAGAUGAGACCACCAAGGCCAAGAUCACCAUUGUGUCCGGGGUGAUCUUCUUGCUGGCUGGGAUCAUGACCCUCAUCCCCGUGUGCUGGUCGGCCAACACCAUCAUCCGCGACUUCUACAAUCCUGUGGUGUUAGAGUCACAGAAGCGGGAGCUGGGCGCCUCCCUCUACGUGGGCUGGGCAGCUGCAGCACUGCAGCUGUUCGGGGGGGCUCUGCUUUGCUGCUCCUGUCCCCCCAAGGAUGAUAAGUACACUCCAGGCAAGGUGGCUUACUCUGCUCCCCGAUCCACCGGGCCCAGCUACGACAAGAGGAACUACGUGUGAGGGAGGCAGCCCAGCACCCCUCCUGCCUGCCCUGAUCCAUUCAUCAGACUGUUCCUGACUUCACUGCUUCCCCCACUGUCUCUGUAGCCCUUAGGACCCUCGGGGAACACAGCCCCCCCUUGCCGCCCCAAGGACAAUGGCUGGCUGGCUGGUCACCAGACUCUGACUGUCAUUCCAAGGGCUGGGUGGAGGAGGAACUGCUCCGUCUCCCUCAGGGCUGCUGGCGAGGGGAAGCAAACCCCUGCUAAGACUCUCGUUUCUGUUUGUAGAUACUUUGUCUUUGAUCUUUUGCACCCCAGCUCUGAGACACCCUCAUCCCCACUGGCUGGAGAAGCCCCACUGGGCUCCGCUCCUCCUUCAAACCCAACGGAUUCCUCCGGCUGGCUCAGCUGGCACCCUGGCAAACACUCUGCCUGAGAGUCAGGCCCCAGGGCAGGGAGGGGUGGAAGGGUAACUUAGGGUGAAGAGGUGUUUGUGCUGAAUGUGCCAGCAGCCUCUCCCAGCUGGCACUGGCUAUGCCC